CUGCCCGCGCAGGAAACAUUUUCCCGUCCGGUUUUCUCGUACCUCUUCUUUUCCCGGAAACCGACUUUCCUUUUCUCUCUCUCUCUCAAUCUAGCCUUCUUCCCCGGAGCGCUCGCUCCUCCGCCGAGCACAGGUUCUUCUCCCGCGAUCUCGGCGCGAUCCGCCGCCGGGGCCCCGCUUCGGCAUUCGUCGAGCUCGAGAUCUGGUCCCGGCUCCCCGAUUGGAUCUCAUGAGUCGCUUCGAUUCCAAUCCUUUCGAGGAGGAGGAGGUCAAUCCCUUCGCGGACAAAGCAGGUAGAGGGAGGGAGGCAGGCCAGUCAAACUAUGGUGGAGGCGCUUUUUAUAUGACAAAUCCUGGGAGUGUCCCACCUGCAACUUCAAGGCUUUCACCUCUUCCUCCUGAGCCAUAUGAUCGUGGUGCAACAAUUGAUAUUCCUCUUGAUAAUGCAAAGGAUGUAAAAGCAAAGGAGAAGGAACUUCAAGCUAAAGAGGCUGAACUGAAGAAGAGGGAACAGGAAUUAAAAAGAAGAGAAGAUGCUGUAUCUCGAGCUGGAAUAGUGAUUGAGGAGAAGAACUGGCCACCUUUUUUUCCUAUUAUCCAUCAUGACAUUCCAAAUGAAAUACCUAUCCACCUUCAAAAGAUUCAGUAUGUGGCCUUCACAACAUUUUUGGGCUUGGUUCUUUGCCUUCUGUGGAAUAUUGUGGCCGUGACUACUGCCUGGAUCAAAGGAGAAGGUCCCACAAUUUGGUUUCUGGCCAUAAUUUACUUCAUAUCUGGUGUUCCUGGAGGUUAUGUGCUGUGGUAUCGCCCGUUGUAUCGUGCCAUGAGGACCGACAGUGCCCUUAAGUUUGGGUGGUUUUUCUUUUUUUACCUGAUACACGUUGGUUUUUGCAUCUUUGCCUCUGUCGCUCCUCCGAUUAUAUUCAAGGGGAAAUCUCUAACAGGUAUCUUGCCUGCGAUAGAUCUUCUGAGUGGUAAUGCUUUGGUUGGGAUAUUCUACCUCGUUGGCUUUGGGUGUUUCUGCCUCGAAUCACUUCUCAGCGUCUGGGUCCUUCAGCAAGUUUACAUGUAUUUCCGAGGUAGUGGCAAAGCUGCAGAGAUGAAGCGCGAGGCUGCUAGGAGAACCAUGAUGGCUGCAAUCUGAGACUGCUGUUCAUAGGAAAUGGUUUUGUAAAAAUAGAUUUUGAGCAGAUGCGUGUCACAUAUACUAUUAGUUCCGACAAUCCGUGCUCUCGAUGAGUUUGUUUCAUUUUGUGGAUAUUUCCAUCACCCUCCUUUGACUGUCACUUUGGACAUACAACUUAUUACAGGAUCCUCUCACUGCAACAGGCUGCAUAGGUCAUUCUUCUUGUGAACAGUGUCCUCUGCUUUAGAAUGUGUAAACAAUUCCUUUCA